GAGAAGGAAUUAAUAAAGCUUCCUUAAAACCAAGAAUCAUCAUCUUAAAAGGAAACUCUUAUGCUGAUAAACGAAAUAUGCUGAAAUCCCGAUUCCUUCUGUGUGGCGCUACCCCUUAGUUUCUUAUAUGCGAAUGUUAAAAGAAAGCGUAUUGAUGUCUUGAACGGAAUAGACGUCAUCCUAGAAUUCAAGGUACAAUACAAUUACAAGGCAGACAGCUAGGCACGCAUAUAUGCCUCGGUAGGUAGCUUUGAAAAAUAUAUAUAGCAUCUCAACUUUCAGCAGCGAGAUUCCCAUAUCAAUCAACUCAUCGCCGAAUAAUCCCAAGUGAGAUACUUAUUAGACGCACAAUGGCGACGAUAACACUCAUCAAGCCCGACAUACCAGACAUACCAGUCAAGCUCCCCGAGGGCCUCCCUGAAGAGAAACUCCUUGGGUUUUCACCUUUUAAUAAUUGGCUCGCCACCCUAACCCAUUCCCUCUCGCUCCAGCACACCAAUGCCGCGCACCCCUUCCACCAGGACCCGUACGCCCUGCGCGGCAUCACAAUCCAAAGCUUCGACCUGUUCGGCCGGGCUCCGCGUCAGCGCCUCGGAUUCUUGAAAUUUAUUGCCGACAUUAAGAACAGUGCCGGCGAGACCUUGCCGGGUAGCGUAUUCCUGCGCGGCGCGAGCGUCGCCAUGCUUGUCAUGCUAGUACCAGACGACGUUCCAGCGGGUCACGAAGAUGAUGAGCGGUACGUAGUGUUGACGGUUCAGGCCCGCAUUCCGGCCGGUAGUCUCGCAUUUGUUGAGUUGCCUGCGGGCAUGGUGGACGAGGGGGGCACCUUCGCGGGAACCGCGGCGCAGGAGAUCAAAGAAGAACUUGGACUUGAGAUUCGCGCUUCGGAACUACGGUGCCUGAGCGACUUGGUUGCUACUACCGGUUCCAUCGAAAGCAAAGCAAAUGAAGAUACAAAUAGAGAUGAGAAUGGAGGCGAGGGUGAAGGCGACGAGAACCUGCCUCAAGCUAUGUAUCCCUCAGCUGGUGGAUGCGAUGAGCAUAUUCCGAUAUUUAUGCAUGAGCGGCGGGUGCCGCGUGAAACCCUUCAAGAAUGGACCGGCAAACUGACAGGGCUCCGGGAUCACGGGGAGAUGAUCACACUUAAGUUAGUCCCAAUGAGAGAUCUGUGGAGAGAGGGCGCGCGCGACGCGAAAUGCCUUGCUGCGGUGGCGCUAUGGGAAGGACUACGGAGGGAAGGUAAACUGUAAGGCAUGAUUAAGGCGUUCUAGGUAUGGAGGCGUUUAUGGGAAGUUCUGGAUCUGGCCAAGUAGAGCAGCACGGCAUUUCAUAGUU